CAACCACGGCAAUCUUCAGCUGUUUCUUCCUCUUCCUUCAAUUUCUUCUCUUCACAUCACUGCAAAUUCCUCUUCUUCUUCUUCUUCUUCACAAAAAUGGAAAAGUUAAGAUGUUGCAGCAGUUUUCUGGAGAACUCCAAACCCUACUUCGCCAUGAUCUCUUUGCAAUUCGGCUACGCCGGCAUGAACAUCAUCACUAAAGUUUCAUUAAACCGCGGCAUGUCUCACUACGUUCUUGUAGUUUACCGGCAUGCCUUUGCCACUGCAGUCAUUGCUCCUUUCGCCAUAUUUCUCGAGAGAAAGGCGCAGCCGAAGAUAACAUUUCCAGUUUUUAUGCAGAUUUUUGCCCUUGCCCUUCUUGGGCCGGUGAUCGACCAGAAUUUCUACUAUGCGGGUUUGAAGUUUACUUCUCCGACUUUUUCAUGUGCCAUGAGCAACAUGCUUCCUGCUAUGACUUUUGUGAUGGCAGUCAUAUUCCGAAUGGAGAAGCUGGAUAUGAAGAAAAUAAGAACUCAGGCGAAGAUUGUGGGGACUUUGGUGACGGUAGCCGGAGCAAUGUUGAUGACCUUAUACAAAGGGCCAAUUGUUGAACUAUUUUGGACCAAAAAUAUUCACCCCCAUAAAUCUUACGCAAACAAUUCUUCGACGGGAAGCUCCGACAGAGAGUGGUUCAUCGGCUCAAUUCUUCUGAUCAUCGCCACGCUCGCCUGGGCCUCUCUGUUCGUUCUACAGACGAAAGCAUUGGAGACGUACAAGAACCAUCAGCUUUCACUCACAACACUGGUGUGCUUCGUGGGCACUCUACAAGCGAUCGCAGUGACGUUUGUGAUGGAGCACAAGACGUCAGUGUGGCAGAUCGGCUGGGACAUGAACCUCCUCGCCGCAGCCUACGCUGGCAUUGUGACAUCAAGCAUUUCAUAUUAUGUUCAAGGGCUUGUGAUAAAGAAAAGAGGGCCGGUUUUCGCCACUGCAUUCAGCCCGUUGAUGAUGAUCAUCGUCGCCAUCAUGGGCUCUUUCAUCCUCUCGGAGAACAUUUACCUCGGAAGUGUGAUUGGUGCAGUGCUGAUAGUAAUAGGGCUCUACUCAGUGCUGUGGGGAAAGCAUAAAGAAAGGAAAGAAGAACUAGUGGAUGUGGAGAUUCUGGAUCCUGUAAAGGGUGGACAACUUACUGGGAAUGGGAAUGGGAAUGGGCAUUCCGCUUCAGUAAUUGAAGAUAUUGAAGCUAGUGAAGUGGGUUUACAAAAGGAAGAAGCUAAUGAUAAUCAAAAGCUCACUUCAGCAGUUGCCAUUAGCAUGCCAGCCGCCAAAACCCAGCAAGAGAAAUAAUUAAAUAGUAGAAUUAAUCACAAUGGAAGAGAAUGGUUUUUUGUUUUUCUUGUGUUUUUGUUCAUGUAAGGUAAAAACAUUCCAAGGAUUUUGCAGUAAAGAUGUAAAAUUUUCCACUGGAAUUUGUUAUGGUAAAUUAAUGAUGUCUUCAUCAGGAAUGACAAGUGAUGCAGAUUCCACUAGGAGUUGAGUGUGUUGUUGGAAUCCAUUUCAAAAUGAAUCUGAUGCUGCGCGCAUCAAUUGAUCUCAA